CUGCUGACACCGAUUCCACUGGUCCUAUUGUGAAGUGAUUGUGACUAAUCGUCCGGGGUCUACGGAGUACACCGACGUUUCAAUCGCACAACACCAAAAAAUGGCGUCCGAAUCGGGAAAACAACAACGGUCUUCAUCGGCUAAAGAAACAAUGGAUGUUUUGAUGGAGAUGUCUAAGAUACUGAAUACUGGUCUUGACAUGGAGACCCUAGCAACAGUAGUGAGAUUAUGUGAGAGUGGAGUAAAUCCAGAGGCUUUGGCACUAGUUUUCAAUGAACUCAGGAAAGAAUCAGCUUCAAUAAAGGAGGUUAAUGAGAAGGCCAGGAUAGAAAAAGAAAAGAGAAGCCUUACUGGAUUAAUGCAAGGGAAUGACAGUGAGGCUGGAGGAAGCUGACAACCUAUUUCUCGGUGAUGUCGCGGGUCCAAGUAGAAUAAGAGACAUAAUUUGAUUGUAUUGUGAUAUAUAUAAGAUUGUAUUGGAAAUGAAUGCUGUUAACUCUCUGAAUGCUUGCCACAACAAUGACUUUGCCAGUGCCACCAGAACACAGCUAAACAAUACUGUACAUCCAUGCAGCCUGACAAAGGCUGUACUUGUUUUACUAUUGUUUGCUAAAGUUUUUCCUCUCUGAUAUUUAGAGUGUAUAAAGCUAUAUAUCUGCUGCAAAAAUUAUUGUUUAAAUUUUACAAAAAGAAUUCUUCCAAAUUGCUUGUAUGAAAUAAAAAUGGUAGAUAGUUGCCUUAAAAAGCGAAUGAUGCAUGCACAAAAUCAUCCUAAACUGAUACAAUCCUACUUGAAAUAGCAAAUAAUAUUUUGUUCUGUAACAUUUUAUUCAGUUUAUGAACAAUAUUCAUGUGUGUUAGAUAACAGAGACAUUCUAUGUUACAACUUUUUCGGGAAUCAACCAUAUAAUAAUGGAACCAAUAUAUUUUUACUGUUGAUACAUUUUAUAAAAAUAUUUCAUAAGAUAUAGAUUUAUACCAUUUAAAACCUUUUAAAUUUCUUCAUAAACAUCAGUGUGAUUACCAUUCACAGACAUAUUUAAUGAUGAACACAGAUCUAAUGUGUUCAAUAAAUUUGUUACAAUAUAAAGCUUAUAUAUAAAAAUAAUUAUUCCUUCAUAAACACUUUAUUUGUAAUACAUAUGAGCUGCGUCAUGACAAAACCAACGUAAUGCAUUUGCGACCAGCAUGGAUCCAGACCAGCCUGCGCAUCCGUGCAGUCUGAUCAGGAUCCAUGCUGUUAGCUUACCAACUCUAUUACAAGUAGAGAAACUGAUAGCGAACAGCAUGGAUCCUGAUCAGACUGCGCGGAUGCUCAGGCUGGUCUGGAUCCAUGCUGGUCGCAAACCCACUAUGUUGGUUUUGUUAUAACACUGCUCAUAUUAAACAGGUUGAUUGACUAUUGGGUUAUAUUUUGGACAGAGUAAAUUCCAAUAUACAUGUAUUAUAUUAUGACUUGUAGUCCUUCUGUGACUGAAUCACCCACUGUGCAUGUACAAGUAAAAUGUGUGGGCAUUUUAAUUGGCAUAAUUAUACUGAAAUUAGGAAAAUUUUAGGACAGUUAAUUGGUGUCAUUGCCUUGAAAAGUGAAUAGCUUUGAAAAUUGACUUAGGCUAUUACCAUUAAACCAUUUUCAACUUGAAAAGGUUAUUUUAACCUCUGAAAUUCACUUGUUUCAUUGAAAAAAUCUUAAUAUUUGACAUAGAGUGUACUUUGUCCGUGUUUUAUGUCAAAGUAUUGUAACAUCAUCAAGUGCUAACUUUAUUGCAAAUAUUGAUGUAAAUUCACAAUUUUAUGGGUAUUAAAAUCAAUGAUUUGUUUCAAAUACCUGCAGAGUUCUUAGUUCUUUACCAACAUUCAAUAUGUAGUUAGAAUUUUUAGCUCUACUAUUCAAUAGUGAGUCUCUCUUACCUAAGCAUAUGCUUAAUUAACACUUCAAAUAGUUACUUAAAAUUUAGUGUGCAACUUCUAGUAUAACAUCAUGGAUAUCUCAUUAACCACUAAAGAUAACACACAGAAGGACAUCUGAGGUCAUCUUUCACCAGUAAAGCUUGCCAUAUGACCUUUACUGUGUUUGUUCUACCUACUCAGCACUACCCACGCCCCUUAAAAAAGUGAAGAAGAAAAAAAAGAUACUGAAAGCCCUCAUAUGUCUAUAUUAUUCUAUCAUAAUAGUCAUUUAGCAAAAUGAAGUGCUUCUCGAGCUGAACAGUGAAUUAUAAUACAAAAUGAUUUAUCUACAAAAUAAAUGUUAAUCAGUGUAUUAAUGUUGACUACAUAUUCCAAUAGCUUCAAACUAUUAUGAUGUCAAUAAACCAAAUGACUUUAA